AUCGAAACUACACAGGAAAAUAAUGAAAACAAAAUCGUCAAUAUAAUGGGUUUCAUUAAUCGCAAAACUGCAUUUAUAUAAUAAAUAGUACGUGAUUAUUGAUUGGCAAUUCGGAAUGAAACAGAUGUAGUCGGGUAUCUUCACUUUUGCUGGCGUAAAUUGAUAUGCUACAUUAUUUUUAAAAUAAUGGGCGACCAAGAAGAAAUUUCAACUGAGGGUAUUGAUCCGGAAGCGCUUGCAAGUGCCCGUGUUUUACAGUCAGUGGCAAAAGAAAUAUCAAAUGAUGAAGAUCAGACAAAAAAAUUAAGAUUUAUUGUUGAGACGAUUGCAAAUGAAUCACUUCUCGAAGACAAGGAUUACCUGGUUUUGACAGGCAAGACGAGAGAGUUUGUUAAUAAUCUAGGUUUCACGACCCCGUUUUCGGUCAGUAAGACUAAAGAUAUCAUUAACAUACUGCUCUUGAUGUGGAAUCAUACAAAUGUCACUAGAUAUGUUAUGAAAAGUGUUUACAAUGUGGAUAUCGCUUCGACAGCAGACGAGAUGAUAGAUCAGUUUCCGAGUGAUCUUAAACAGCUGGAUGCCCAGUCUGCUGAAAUUUUCGCCAAAGCUCUUAAAGAUGGCUCCGAAAAAGUUAAGAAUAUCCGCCUUAUGGUCGUUGGCAUGUUUGGUGUGGGAAAAACGUCCCUUGUUAAAAAUCUGAUUAAAGACUUAAGGGACGAAAAUUUAAAACCUGUUAGCACUGAAGUUAUUGAACUGCGAAGAUGUCAGCUGAUGGAAAAUGGCGACUGGUGCUUAGAUAAAGACCAAAAAGAAGCCAAAUAUAAGAUUAGAUAUCAAGCCGCUUUUAAGGAAGCCAUUCAUACGCCAACAGUCGAUGAUUUUUCUUCAUGUAUACCGUCUACCUUAGACGAAACCACCCCUGACUCUGAAGUUAACGACUCGGUUACUGAGAAACCAACAGAUGCUUUAGAAGAAAUAAAGAAACACGUCGAAGAACGUAAAGACGAUGAGGGAAUAAGAGGCAUAAUUGAACUUGCUAAGAAGGUACCUGAAGUUAGUGAGGAUGUUAUCGUCAAUAUACCUGUUCCUGUUGCAACGACAGGCAUCACUGUAUCUGUUUGGGAUUUUGCAGGUCAGACACUGUACUAUUCUACCCAUCAAUUCUUCCUGAAUAAGAGGUCUAUAUAUCUUGUUCUUAUGGACAUGACUAAAAAGUUGGAUGAGUGUAUACAAGAAGAUGAAACAAGUGGAAUAUGGUGUGGUUUGAGUGAAGAAUGUAAAUAUUUGGAUGUAUUUAAGUUUUGGCUGAAUGCAAUCCACAUGUACAGCGGUUAUAGGUCUAUGACAGGAAAUAUAAAACCAACUGUGAUUUUAGUUGGUACUCAUAAAGAUAAAAUGGAGGGUUCUGACGAGGAGAAAGAGGUCAAGAAAGAUAAAUAUUUUGAAAAAGCACUGCAAGCAUUUAGAGGUACAAAAAUCUUGCGGCAUAUUCAUAGGAAAAAAUACUUGGUGAAUAAUUUAACUUCUGAUGAUCCUGUUUUCAAACAGAUACGAAAAGAAAUUCGACGUCUGGCAGAGAAGCAGGAAUUUUGGAAUGAAAACUAUCCUGUAAGAUGGAUCCAGAUGGAACAGUCUCUUGACAAAUUGAGAGACAGUGGAAAACAACUACUACAGAGAAAUGAAGUUAAUGCAGAAAAUCAAUCAAAUGUUCACCCAGUUAUUGAAAAAGAACUAGAUUUGUUUUUGGACAUUCAACAUAGGCAUGGCAAUAUUUUAUAUUUCAACACAGAUCAACUGAAACAUUUGGUUGUUCUUGCACCCCAGUGGAUCAUUGAGGUAUUCAAGUGUUUUAUCUCGCAUAUAAAGAAUAAAGAUCCUCAAUUGAGCGUACAAUGGAGUGAAUACAAGAAAAAUGCUAUUCUAAAACCAGAGAUUUUCAGUGAAAUUAUGGACAAUGCCCCACCGAAUAUUGAAGAAAAUAGACAGCAUAUCAUGAUGUACAUGGAGCAACUAGAUGUUAUGGCAAAACCCUUAAAACCUGAAGAAUGCAAAGAAAUCGAUGCUCUCGAAGAACCUGAACAAGAAACUUCUGAUGCAGCUGAAGAAUUGAAUGUCAAUUUUUUAGAUUUUCAUAUUGUUCCGUGUCGUCUGAAGAACCCACCACCUCCCAUAGUCCAGUUUACUUCACCGGAAAAUUGCAAGAAAACGCCAGUUCUAUGUUUUGUGUUCAUUGAUAAUUUCAUGCCACCAUCUUUUUUCUACCGACUUGUUGCUGUGUGUAUUCGCACUUGGCCUAUCAGCCAACAAAAAGGAAAAAAUCUGUUGUACAAUGGGCUUGCAGUGUUUGAAAUUCGUGCAACUUAUCGUUUGACAAUCUGGUACAAAGAUCACAUUAUUUACGCACGAAUAUCAUCUUGUUCGAAGGAGCCCUUAUUUGAAUUUGAUUUCAAGUUGUGUCAUGGUGUAAGACGCAAACUCAGACACAGUUUGGAAAACUUUGUUGCUCAAUCAUUGGAGAAUCCCUGGACUGCUAGAAAAUUGGAUGAGAACAUUCAAUGCCCAUACAUGAAAGAGUCUUCGUACAAUGCAGGCAUGUUUAGGGUGAAGGAUUUCGUGUAUAAUCGUGAAUUGUCUUGCACGGCAUGUCCGGAACAGCAUGCGGUAGGAAGAGAAGAGGCGAUGAAGGACUGGUACAAGGAAGCAUUAGAUCGAAUGCAAAAUGAUGAUGAUUUGAAUAGACCAGUCGAGGAAAGUGAUCUGACUAAGGCUGCCAAGAUGGUCGGUAAAGAAUACUGGAUGUUGGGCAUUGAACUGGGAUUGACCGAUGCGGAAAUGGAACAACUAAAUAAUGAGAAGGAAUGUAAAAAGAAUCGUAGUACGUUUGUGUUUAGAUACAUGGUGAUGUGGAAGGACAAGGAAGGAAAGACUGCAACACUGCAAAAUCUUCAAAAAGCCAUGCAGGCUGCUAUUCUAAAUCACUAAAAUGAUGAUGCUUCCACAGCAAGCAUAUAAACAACAUAUUGUUCUCGAUAUCUCUGUAUCCAAUUGUGAAGAAGGAUAAACAAAGAUUCCCAAGAAACAUCUGCGUUAGGAAUUUCCUAUUUGUGUAUUCGUGUGGAUUUUGUGAAAUACACUCAGUGUUCAGCUGACGGUCUUUUUUAUCACAAUUUGUAAAUUAGUGACACACACGAUACGUCUUGUGUCCAUGGAUUGACUAUGGUGUUGGUGCCUCGUUGUUAAUUAAGUAAUUUAGUCUGAACUUAAGUCCUUGAAUGCAGGUAUAGAUAAAUAAAAAGGGGCUCUAAAGACAUUUGCACCUAUAUUGCUGGGCAACUCAUUUCUUAAAGUUGAUAUCCCAGGAAUUUUCUUGUGUGUGUUUGUUAUAGUUUUUUAAUUAUAAUUAUAUAGCCUCAUACUGCAGAUAUAGUGGAGUGAAGGUGCAAAGCUUUUUCAACGUAGUGUGUUUUUGUUCAAUCUUUUAAACAUAACGAAAUACAUUUAAUGCAGAUUAUUUUUCAAUUGUUUUCUACAGCAGACAUGUCAAUUUAAUUGGGAGUAUAUUUGUGAAAAGAACAUAUACAGAAUGUUUCAAACCAAAGUCAUAGCAUAUUCUUAUAUUCUUGUAAACUCUAAAAAAAGUGUUUUUGUAUAUUUUCUUGUAAUAAUCUUCUGCAGUUGUUGAGCAUUUUAAUGAAUUAACCAUGUUCAUUUGGUCAUAAAUCGCGCAUGUGUGUAUGUGUAUUCGUUCGUGCAUGCGUGUUUAUUUGCACGUCGUAAUCAGUGUGCAUUUAUUAUACAAUUGAUAUUUAUAUGUAUCUGGUACAGACGCGACUAAACAACGUGUUGUUGUUUUCGUGAAAAGGAUGUUGUUAAAGUUGUACAUUGUGAUUAGGGACUUUUGCGCUGGAGUUGGGUGUUAUUGUUUAUUCAAAAUCGUAGAACCCACGACAUUUAAUACUUCUAUAUAAACUCUUUUUUUUAUCAUAAAGUGUUUCUUGAUAUCAUGUGUUUUUCUGCAACAUAUUUAAACAUUGGAGGUUUUGUUAUUAAUGUGUACGUGUGAUUUUUUGUAAAUUAGUUAAAAAUGAUUUUUAUUUGUAUUAUUUCUACAUGCUUUAGAAAUAAAUCAUUUUGUUCUUGUUUCCUAUAUCUCGCAGUAAGCAAGAGACGCAAAUUGAUGUUUAAAUUUCGAUAUAAAGAAUUGUUUAGCUAAAUGGAGUAAUUGGGCGUUCGAUAAAAUGCGACGUACUAGUGAAAGUAAUACGUGUUUAACAAAAAAACUACGAUUGAAGUAUAUUAUAUUAAAUGUUCUUAUGAACUUGAUGUAGAGUAUUCAGUUAUAUUAAAGGGUUUGCUUGGAUGAGUGUGAAAAUGUUAAGCACUUUAAAACUUCAUUUAUGCAAAACACUUUAUAUUAAUUCAAACUUUUCUGUUGAACUGAUGUAUAGACAUCAAUAUCAUGCUGUCUAAUAAACAACAUGAAGUAUGUCGGAUGUUAGUAGGUAAAGAAAUAUUUAUGUAAGAACAUUCAGGGGAAGUAAACGUCUUUGACCAAUAUGCUUGUAUUAUCAAAUUUACAUAGGAAGCACCUCCCCGGUAUUGGUUUUAAAGACAUGUGCCAGGUGACAAGUAAGCAGAGAAUGUGAUUGACUAACAAAUCAUGAAAACUAUGGGCAUGAUGUUGAUAUCUCAUGAUAAAUGUGUUACAAAGUAUGUUUAUCAAUCCGACAAUUGUCUCAUGUUGUGUAUGGAUAUUUAUUGUUUUAAAAUUCCUCUUUAUUAAAAAUUAAUAUGUUUGUUAAUUAACAAUUAUUUAAAACAAUCAACACAACGUGUUGUGUUAUGAAUAUUGUUGAAUGUUAUUUUAUUUAAAGAUUUGCCUAAAAAAUAGCGUUAAAUUUUUGUUUUAGUGGUUUUAGAAAGGUACUUUACCAAUAUGCUUUUCAGUAACAUUGGCCUAUAAUGAAAGUACUCUGUGUAUUCUUUAAAAUAUAAACAACUGAUACAACUGUAAUAAUCCCUGCAAAAUAUGUUGGUUUGAACAAUAGCGAAAUAAAUCACUCCCAAUAUUAAUAACUAUGCAAAUAAACUGUAUACUUAUAGACUAAACUGGUGUUUUCCUAAAGUUAACUUUAUUGACAGUAGCAAACGUGUUUAUAGUUUUAUUUUGAACAAACGUUCGAUGAUAAUUUCCUCUUUGGCACAUAUUGCUCCAUGAUUUUAUAAUUAUAAAGGCGUUAUGCAAAUUUAACCUUUUAUGAUAAUACUUUGACAAUUAAUGAAUCAAACUAAACAAUUGUAAUGACUUUAAUGUGUAUAAGAACACUUUAAAUAGUAAAUUUAUGUUUAUUAUCUACAAUAUUUCGAAAUGUUUAUGUAACUUGUCAGGUGAUGUAACGUUCAACGUGAUUUGCUGGAUAUAUACUGCAGUUAAGAUCUAGCCAAUGGAAACGCAUUUUAAACAUAUGUACAAAGUUAUGCAAAAUAAAAAAAACAUCGUGUUAUUGUAAAAAGAAACAAUAAACUGAAUUGCAAAGGAAUAUGGAAAUUUCUAAUAGAAUUAUUGGUUUACAUCGUUUUUCACAUGUGACAAAAACAGAACUUUCGAGCUUUUUGAAAGAAACUUAUGUCCUAAUUCAAUGAAAAGCUAGUAGUUUUUUUUACCAGGUGUAUGAAUUUCUACAAGAUAAAUGUAGUUUAUGUUGUUAUACAGUGUAUCUGGUGUAUAUAUUGCUUUUUGAAGCGAAUUGUUCGCCAUAUAUCAGUACAUUUUUACAGAAUAUAUUGAGUAAUUGUUUAAGGUCUCCAUGUUUUUAGUAAAAAACAUGGAGUAAAACAUAUUAAAAUGAUGUUUCGCUUAAUGUAGUUAUUAAACAUGUUUUGUUUUAAAUUGCUUAUUUAAUACGAUAACAUUGUAAUAUUAUCCAUGCAUACUAUUCAUGUAUAUCUUAAUGUCUGUAUUAAAAUCUGUUGGUCAAACAUGCGUUUGAAUAAGGAAUUUGUAUGCAUUAAUUUUUGUUUUCAGUAAAUAUUAAUUAUACAAUUAUCACUAAUUUUACAAUUUGCUACAUGUGUAUUUGUGUGUUAUAAUAAUUGAGAUGCAUUGAAGUGAUCUGAAUAUGAUAUUAAGUAAUAGUAAUGCAGUGUCCGACAAAUUUCUUAUUUUUCAGGUAGCCCACUGGGCUACCAAUAAAAAUAUUUGGUAGCCCAUCAAAUUUUCCUACAAAAUGAAAGGAGGCAGGUUUUCAUCUUUAUUAACCAGGUUUUCCGAAGGAAAAAACUGGUUAUUAGAUUGGCGAAUGCGGGCGGGCUGGCUGGCUGGUGGGCUGGCGGGCUGGCGGGCGGGCGGAACAAGCUUGUCCGGGCCAUAACUUUGUCGUUCAUUGUGAGAUUUUAAAAUCAUUUGGCACAUUUGUUAACCAUCAUUAGACGGUGUGUCGCGCGAAAAAAUUACGUCAAUAUCUCCAAGGUCAAGGUCACACUUUGAGUUCAAAGGUAAAAAAUAGCCAUAAAUGAGCUUGUCUGGGCUAUAACUAUGUCAUUCAUUAUGAGAUUUUAAAAUCAUUUGGCACAUUUGUUCACCAUCAUGGGACGGUGUGUCGCACGAAAGAAUCACGUCAAUAUCUCCAAUGUCAAGGUCGCCACGACUAAAAAUAGAUUUAUUUUAAAACAAACUUACAAAGGGGGUUAAUUUUGUUUGUUCAUUUCAAAAGUUCAGUUUGAGUUGUCUCCCUUUAUCAGAUUUUUUUUCACAAUGAAAACCUGGUUUUGUGACAAUUUUGUCCCUUGUUUUAUUUCUUCAUUUACAUAUACAUAAUAUGUAUACAUACAUAUAAAUAAUACAGCAAGUAGUCUGAUGUACACAGUAAAUAUCGUUAAUUAAUGUUACAGUACAGGCACCGUGUAGUUAAAUGUAAAUGUACCAAACCAAAGAAAAUCAUAUAUGUAUGUAGAUAUUACAUGUAUGUGCACAUGUAUGUGUACUUAAAUUCGGACAGCACGUUAAGUUGGAAACGUAAAUAAAGCUUUAGAUGAUCAAUACGAUUGACUCGUAUGGUGUUAAUCAAUGCAAUUGCCCUUUUUAACAACAAAUACCGAGUUUCAAGAAAUCAAGAGUAUUAAAUCAUUUAUUUACUUGUGUCCGACUUUAAGUACUGUCCGAAUUUACGGCAAUGGGUUUGUCGGACACUGCAGUAAUGAUUAAUAUGGAUUUUAAUAAUGUGAGUAAGCUUUAUUUGAUUGUUUACCUACAAAUGUAGAAAUUUUAAUCAAGAGUUAUGAAAUUUACGUUAUUUUUCUGCAUCGUGCCAUAUUUUACUAAUACAUGUCUAGAUGCACACGUACAUUAUUAAUGAAAAUAGUAUUGCAUUGUGGAUAAGCCUUCAUGCAUGUGUUGGAGGUAGACACUAUUUACGUGUCAGUUGGUAUUAUGUUUCCUCAUAAAAUGUAUUAUGCGGUUAUUAUGCAUACUUUUAUGAGUGGCUAUUUUAGAAAUAGUUGUUUGUCUUGAGUUGUUAAUUUCUUAACAAGCAUAGGAAUAAAAUAGAAACGUAUAUAUCACAGUUUUAAAUAACGUUUACUAGUAAAGGGAAAAUUAAUAUUUGUAUUUUCUUAAAUGGACUUUACCUGUUUAAUUAUGGUCAACUUAAGGAUAAAUCUUAUAAAUGCAACAGCGCGUGCAAACAUUAAUUUCUAUUUUAACAAGUAAAGGAAAAAGAUUUAAUAAAAACAUGCCUUGCGAAAUAACAUGAAUUACAAUAAUACAUUUUAUUUUCUCCCACGAUUGCUUUUAACAACUUUGCAUUUUACAAUUCAACCAUCAUUUUCAAAUUCCAAAGUAAACGUCGAUACUUUUCUAUGCUUGUUAAUAUUUAUAUAAUUACCAUUAAGCAUUUCUUUUUUUAUUGAAUGGAUUCCUUAAAGACGUCUUAUCACUCUUCAUAGGUAGUAUAUGUAGUAUUAUCCAUAUAAUGUAUAUUCAAGUUGCUGAAUUUUUUUUGUUUGUUUUUUUUGUCGUAAUUUCCUAUGUAUUGCUGCUGACAUUGUAAUUGCUGUAAUUUUAAAUGCAUAUUGUUUAAAGUUUAUGAUUUUAUUUUAAUUCAUGUUAUGAAUUUAAAUAAUUUCAAAAUUGAAAUAAUUAAUUGUUUUAAUAGUUUUACUACCAAAUUUGUUAAACCAUCGCAUUUUUAUGAUUUUUAGUUCCUUUAUGUUGCAAUAUGGUGAACUAUUGUGAUCACCCUAUAUCAGGCGACCGUCAUCGUUGGUCAUGUGUCGCCAACUUUUAGCUUGUUAUCAUACAAGAGGGAAUUUUUUAAUCCUAUCGUAAUGAAACGAGGUUAGAUCAUGGGUAUCAUAAAGCUAGGAUACCAGGUAAAAUCUUAGAAAAACCUUGUAAUCACUGUACAGGUCACAUUUACAGCUCACUCUUAAUGAAAUUUUAUCAGAAUGUUUAUCUAAAAAAUGAUUAUAGUCCGAGAUAUAAUCUGGAAAACUAGGUUACCAGGUCUUAUCUUAGACAGAACGUUCGUAUUACUUUAGAGGCCACAUUUAUGACUCAAGUUUGAUGAAACGUGGUCAGAAUGUAUAUUUUCAUAAUUUUGAUAAUGUAUAGACCGAGUUGGAAACUUGGGCAUGUGCGUCCAAAAGCUAGGUCACAUUGCCAGAUGCUAGAAAAGCAUUUGUAUCACUGUUAAGACCACAUUUAUAUCUCAAUCCUGUUGACAAUUGGUCAAAAUAGUUAUCUUGACAAUAUCAGGGCUGAAUUUUAAUCUGGGUAACGUCCAUCCAAUAACAAUAUAUCUAGGUCAACUCUUACAAAAACGUUGUCCUUUAACAGGCUAUAAGUAUGACUCAUUCUUGAUUAAGCUUGGUCAGAUUGUUUAUGAGUACAAUAUAAAGGCGUGAUUCAAAUUUUGCUCAAAUUAAUUCAAAAACGUAGGUCACCAGGUAAACUCUUAACCUUGUUGCCUCGCUAGAUGGCACAUUCAUGGCUCAAUUCAGGAAAAUGGUUCGACGAUAAGUCUCCCUCGAACUUCAGUGAGCGCCUUAGGGCCAUCAUGACCUUCUUGUUUUUGGUGUAAUACCAAUAUUAAGUUUUGCUUCCUGAGAAAACGAAGGUGAAAAUUCUGCGCUAAGAAUACUUUGAUGUUUUUGCCAAUACACUGAAACAAACUUUUACAAAAAAAGCCCUAAAAGAAUUUAUGUUGUAGUGAAGAAACGUAGUGCAUACUUCUAAAAUCAACAUAUAUAUAUAUAUAUAUAUAUAUAUAUAUAUAUAUAUAUAUAUAUAUAUAUAUAUAUAUAUAUAUAUAAAUAUAUAUAUAUGUAUAUAGAUGUUAGAUCGUUGUCCACAUCAAGAAUUUAUUCGCUUUUGUAUCACAUAAAGGGACUUAAAAAAUGACCGUGUUAUGUGCGCAAAAUAAGUAAAAUUAUAACAUAUGCUAGUUCUAGUAAAUAAUGUUAGUUUCAUUAUAAGUAUCUGUUUUAUUGUGUAAAUAUGAAAUUGUUAAACAUAGACAGUAAUACCAUGUUAAAUGGGUUAAUCGAUGCCGCGUUCUACCAAAUAGUAAGAAGCGCACAGUGCUGACAUAUCAAAAUAGUACCUUUUUGUUUGUAUUAAAUUGUGUGUCCAGUUUUAGACAAUACAUGAAGGUUAAGACGAAGUUCAUUCACAAACGUCGCACUGAAAAUGUUUCUUAGCUACCAUGAAAUAACAUUGCAUGGACCUUGAAAACAUAUUCAUACGGUUCUAGGCGUUUUUAAUAUUUCACAUUAGAGCAAAUGAAAAACAUUCAAAAUUAAGUUGCACUGAGAAUUUAUAUUGCUUUUCACGUUUGUUUGCAUCGGAGCUUGUCUCUUAUCUAACGUCGAUGAACCCCUUUAUUAACAUUAAGCCAAUGCCAUUAAUGUCAUUCAUACUAAUUAUACGUGUAUUCAUUCUGAUUAUUAGUGUACACCAAUUCCCAUUCGGUGGCGUUUGUAUACAGAAAUCACCUUACAGUCCGAUGUUGGUUUAGCCCUCUGUCGCGAAAUGUGUCCGUCUAUUUUAAUGUUCGCGAAUGCUAUGAUUAAGCACUUAAAAACACACACAAUAUGAUGCACAAAAUCAAGUUUGCUUUUGUAUUUUAAGGCGAAAGGUCAAUACUGCAAAAGUUCAUGAAAACAUAUCCUUAAAAUUUAAUUCAACAAGUAUAACUUUUCUAACUAAUUAUAAACCAUAAAAUCAGUAAUUAGAAAAGUUUAAGACAUCAGUUCAAUUUUGGGUAUCCGUGUCCUUUAUACAUCUUACUAAUUUAUAUUGCUGUUGCUCUCACUCUGCGUUUUUCUUUUGACAUGUAUAUAAUUAUAUAAAUUCAAAUGAUUUUGAAGGAAGCAUCUAUGUUAAAGUGCCAAUAUAUACGAGCGUGCUUAAAUACAGACAUUUUAUGCUAUAAGAAAUAGUGUACCUAGAGUCGGCAACUAGAAGUGUAUUUAUAUUAAUAACAUACACAUAACGUAAUUAUAGGAAUCCAUCAAUUGAAAUGUACAUACUAACCAUUAAAUUAAUAAGUCUUCUGAUAAAAUGUGAAGCAUAUCGAUCAACAGCUGUCUUUUACUAGAAAAUUACUCUUAUCAUGUAAGAAGAAAUGAUUUUAGAUGAUUUAUCUUAUGGUAAAAAUACAUUUCUUGCAAAACUAAUACUCCGAACAAGUUCUGUUUAUGUAUUUAAUAGAUUUGCCGUACCGGUAAAUGUAGCAAAUAUCAGGAAGUCAAUUUAGUAGACUGUAUUGGCUAUAGAGCAAACAUAUAGUCAUUUGUUUCAAUGUUACAUUACGCAGUUGAAGCAAAAUAAAGACAAAAGAUUCACUAGUUUGAUUCACUAGUUUAUUUCCAACUAAAUUUGAAACAGUGUUUAUAUGAAUUGCAUGUCCAAUACCAUGUUUGUACGAAUGGCUAAAUGAGACAAUAAAUAUAUUAUUCAUA